AUGGAAGCUCUAGGGACCAAUACUAAACGUCGUCCUUGUUGUAUUUGCAUGUGGAAGACCAAAACAUGCAACAAAAAUUGCGAAUUUGCUGCUUAUUUUCCCAACGAAAUGCAAGGGGUUUACGCAAGUGCUAAUAAGUUGUUUGGUACACCAAAUAUUAUACGAAUGAUGAAACUUGCUCCUCAAGAUCAAAAACCUAUGUUAGCAUUUUCCAUACUUAAAGAAGGUGUCGCAUGGACCAAUGAUAAAAUCGAAGGUGGAUUUGGAGUGAUACAAAAUCUCAUGCGGGAGAUCAAUAGGCUUGAAGCCGACCUCUCUUACCUAAGGAAAAAGAUUUCAGAAGAAAAAGAAAAAAAACAAUUAGGUCUACUUUUAAACAAGUGA